AUCUAUCUCUACACUGCUUGAUUCCAUCAGGAGGUGCUACAUUUUCUCCACCAGCUUCUCCAGUUGUAUAUAUACUGAAGGUGGGAAAUUUGUAUUAAUUUUUCUAUCUGCUUCGAGGGUUUGGAGGCAGACUGAGGUUUCGCUUUUUACUAAGAAAUGGGUAAUCGGAUAAGGGAAGAGGAGAAAAAUGAAAGAAUAAUUCGCAGUCUUUUGAAACUUCCUGAGAAUAAAAGAUGCAUCAACUGCAAUAGUUUGGGACCGCAAUAUGUUUGCACGACCUUCUUGACAUUUGUUUGUACAAACUGUAGUGGAGUGCAUCGGGAGUUCACUCACCGAGUAAAAUCAGUGUCCAUGGCUAAAUUCACUACAGAAGAAGUAAAUUCUCUCCAGGCAGGGGGAAAUGAGCGAGCAAGACAACUUUAUUUCAAAGAAUUUGAUCCUCAGUAUCAUUCUUUUCCUGAUGCCAGUAAUGUUGGUAGACUCAGGGAUUUUAUCAAACAUGUAUACGUUGAUAGAAAAUACACCGGUGAGAAGGGUGUCCAGAAGCUCCCAAAGCUGCGAUUGAGUGAGGAGCCUGAUGAAAGAAGGAGGGUUGGUGCAUAUCAAGGUGGAUCCAGAAGCUUUCAUGAUGAGGAGAAGAAAUUUGGUACAUAUUAUGGAGGACCUAGGAGAUUUCGUGAUGAGGAGCAGAAGGCUGCAGCACCUUAUGGAGGAUCCAGGAGUUUUCGUGAUGAAGACUGGAAAAUUGCUGCACCUUCUGGUGGAUCUAGGAGCUUUCGUGAUCAGGACUGGAAGGUUGCUCUCCCUUAUAGUGCAUCUAGGAGUUUUCAUGACCAUGAGAACAGGUCAGAAAGGCAUUAUACUCAAGGAUCUAGUCCUAGUGUGAGAGGAGCUGACCAAAAUGUAGUAAAAUAUUACUAUGAUGAAAGAAAAAGAAGUCCACGAUAUUCUGAACAAAAUUCAAGAAGUGGUGGAACUGGUUUUAGGAAAACUCCUGUCCGUUUUGAGGUUGUUGAUAACAGGAUUCGGGAUGAUAGAAAAGUACGCAGUGGGCUUGCAACUCCCAAGUCCCAGAACAGGUCACCUGAAAAUAAUAACACCAAUAGCUUCUCUACCCCUGCUGUUCGCUCAGUUCAAGAAAUACAAGGGGUGAAGAUCCUUCCUCCACAGUUCCACGAAUGUAGUAUGACAAUAGAUAGGAAAAAUGGUGAUGGUUCUGCUGAUAUUCGGAAAAUGAAAUCUAUAAGUACCGGAGAUGGGAAUGCAGUGGAACAUAAAAAGGAAACAUUGGCAACCCUGAUUGAUCUCAAUACUGAUCCUGAGCCCUCAGAUGAUGCAGUAAAAUCACCACAACAGCAAACUCCUCCACCCGAUAAUGGUAACAACUGGGCCUCAUUUGAUUCAUGCACAAAGGAGAAGGCACCUCCUGUCCCAAAGCCAGACACUUUGGAGGCUUUGCUACUUGAGUUAACUCCUGCAUCUGUAUAUACUACUGCUACUGCUACUGCAACUGAGGCUCCAAGCAACGACGAUGCUCCCUCAACCAUGUGUACAAAUAACAUAAAUGCAGGAGCUGCUGCCCCUGAUGCACCUGUUGGGCAAAUGCUAUCUUUAUUUGAUACCAUUAGUGCUUGUACAUCUGCAUCAACUACUACCAGUGUGCUAGUACUGCCUUCUAAUGCAGAUCCUUUGCAAGCUGCACCUACUAGUGGUGUCGAGACCCCAGUAACAGUUUCUGAUGUGCAGCAGUCACCAAGUACGCAGCACGAUCAGUCUUCUAUAAGCUUUGCUGCAAAUAGCUCCUCUAGUUCACAACUUGCCAUAACUCAUGUUGAAGCUUCAAAUAAUUUGUCAAGGACACCAUCAUUCGCCCAAAACACACAAGGAUCGCCCAAAACAUCCCAAUCUAUGUUGCGAACCCAAUCUCUUCCGGUGGAAACAAAAUCUAGUAAGAGAGAAGAGCUUCCAGUGGACCUUUUUGCUGCACAUUAUUCAACAAUACCUUCACAAGCUUCAGGUUGGCCCCCCGGUCCACCUCAAGGAAUGAGAUUUAACAUGCAGUAUUAUCCCAACAUAGCGCCUGCUCCUGCGUUUCUGGGUUCAAGAACACCAACGAAUCCGUUUGAUAUUUACGAUGAUAAAACUUUAGGACAUUUAACACAUUUUCCAUCCAUGUCAUCAUUAGAAGGCGCUCUACAUAAUGUGUCAGUACCUCCCAGCUUGGUGCAUACUCACAGCCUUGGUUCUUUUCCUUCAUACUCCCAGCCUUCCUAUGCAGCUUUCUCUCCUGGUCCAUACACGGGGGAGCAAUUACAUAACAAUGCACAGUUUUUAAGACCGCCAGGAAUCGGUGGACUUAGCCAGGAUGAAGCUUCUGCACUUGGGACAUUAAGCUCAAGUCAGCAAUUAUCAUUUCAGCAACCCAGCAGCACAUACCCAGCACCCAGCCAUUUUGAACCCUUUUCUUCAACGGGCGGUAACCCAUUUGGAUAG